CUUCCACUAUAGGUUGCACAGAGCAUUGAGGAUCAUCAUCAAGAAGUAAUUGCUUUCUGCAGAGAAAAAGGGUUCCAUGGUUUGGUUGCAUAUGAUUCUGAUUAUGCAUUGUGCAACAUCCCUUACUAUUUCAGUGCCCAUGCCCUAAAACUGAGCCGUAAUGGGAAAAGUCUCACGACAAGCCAAUAUCUAAUGCAUGAAGUUGCCAAGCAACUGGACCUGAAUCCAAAUCGCUUUCCUAUUUUUGCUGCUCUUUUAGGUAAUCAUAUUCUACCUGAUGAAGAUUUGGCUUCCUUUCAUUGGAGUUUACUUGGUCCAGAACAUCCACUAGCUUCACUUAAGGUACGUGCUCACCAGUUAGUUUUACCRCCUUGUGAUGUAGUGAUCAAAGCCGUAGCUGACUAUGUCCGUAAUAUUCAGGACACCACUGAUUUGGAUGCCAUAGCAAAGGAUGUUUUCCAACAUUCACAGUCUAGAACAGAUGACAAAGUUACUCGAUUUAAGAGAGCAGUUGCUUAUUACUCAGCAACGAAUAAGCCUAUGCCAUUUCAUCCACCACAUUACCUAGCCAGACCAAAUCAGUUUGGAAUGCCUGGUAUAGUGCCACCAUAUGUUCCUUCUCAGAUGCUUAACAUUCCACAGACCUCACUACAAGCAAAACCUGUGGCCCAGCAGAUGUCCAGUCAGGGUGGUGCCCAAGGUCAGGGUCCAUACCCAUAUAAUCUCUCUGAGCCAGCCAUCACCUUGGAAACAGGUGGAAAAAGUCUUUCUGAGCAGAACAACUACAGUAACAUUCCUCACGAAGGAAAACACACACCGUUGUAUGAGCGAUCUUCUCCCAUAAACCCAGCUCAGAGUGGGAGCCCUAAUCAUGUGGAUUCAACCUAUUUUCCUGCCUCUUCUACAUCUUCCUCCUCCGACAACGAUGAAGGCAAUGGAGGUGCAGUGAACCAUGUCAGUGGGAACAAAAUAGGCUGGGAAAAAACAGGAACCCAGUCAGAAAGUCAAACACGUGGAGACCUGGGUGACCAAACAAAGGCAGAAGGUUCCUCUAGUGCUUCUUCAGGAAGUCAGGCAGCUGAUGUCAAAGGGAAUCAAGCCAGUAAUCCACAAAUCCCAUGCCUGUUGUCAAUGCCCACCAGAAAUCACAUGGAUAUUACUACCCCUCCAUUACCUCCUGUAGCACCUGAAGUAUUACGAGUUGCAGAACACAGGCACAAGAAGGGGUUAAUGUAUCCCUACAUCUUUCAUGUCCUAACCAAGGGUGAAAUCAAAAUUGCAGUUUCUAUAGAAGAUGAAGCCAACAAAGACCUGCCUCCUGCUGCUCUGCUUUAUAGGCCAGUUCGUCAGUAUGUUUACGGAGUCCUGUUUAGUUUGGCAGAAAGCAGAAAGAAAACUGAAAGACUUGCUUUUAGAAAGAACAGACUUCCACCAGAAUUUUCACCGGUGAUAAUUAAAGAAUGGGCUGCUUACAAAGGCAAAUCUCCUCAGACCCCUGAGCUGGUGGAAGCACUUGCGUUCAGGGAAUGGACCUGUCCUAAUCUGAAGAAGCUGUGGCUGGGAAAAGCAGUAGAAGAUAAGAACCGAAGAAUGAGGGCAUUUUUGGCCUGUAUGAGAUCAGAUACACCAGCAAUGCUCAAUCCAACUAAUGUGCCCACUCAUCUUAUGGUGCUCUGUUGUGUACUAAGGUAUAUGGUACAGUGGCCAGGGGUUCGUAUACUUCGUCGCCAAGAACUUGAUGCUUUUCUUGCCCAAGCAUUGUCUCCAAAGCUCUAUGAGCCUGACCAGCUUCAGGAACUCAAGAUUGAGAAUCUCGAUCCCCGAGGAAUUCAGCUGUCCGCUUUAUUUAUGAGCGGUGUCGAUAUGGCGCUUUUUGCAAACGAUGCCUGCGGACAGCCAAUUCCAUGGGAGCACUGCUGUCCGUGGAUGUACUUCGAUGGAAAGUUGUUCCAGACCAAGCUCAUCAAAGCAAGCCGGGAGAAAGUUCCUCUCAUUGACCUCUGUGAUGGUCAGGCUGAGCAGGCAGCCAAGGUUGAAAAGAUGCGUCAGAGCAUCCUAGAAGGAUUAAAUUUCUCCAGGCAGAAUCAUCCUCUCCCUUUCCCGCCUCCACCUGCCAUGCCUUUCUAUCCAGCUUCUAUGUAUCCUCGACACUUUGGGCCAGUCCCACCACCUCAGGGCAGGGGGAGAGGCUUUGCUGGAGUCUAUGGCUUCGGAGGCCCUUAUGGGGAUACAGUAGCCACAGGCGCUUACCGGGCCUUCCGGGUGGCAGCAGCAGCAGGACACUCCGGAGCCUUCUCUGGCAAUGACAGCAACAGGACUAGCAAGUUUCAGGGCGGAGUCCAACCUAUUCCUUCUCAGGGAGGGAAACUUGAAAUUGCCGGCACUGUAGUCGGCCAUUGGGCUGGAAGCAGACGUGGACGAGGGGGUAGAGGGCCAUUUCCUCUGCAGGUCGUUUCUGUCGGAGGACCAGCAAGAGGGCGUCCUAGAGGAGUUAUUUCCACUCCAGUGAUAAGAACUUUUGGAAGAGGUGGAAGGUACUAUGGGAGAGGUUAUAAAAGCCAGGGAGCAAUUCAGGGCAAACCUCCUUAUGCUGCUUCAGCAGAAGAAGUAGCCAAAGAACUUAAGUCAAAAUCAGAGGAAUCUAAAUCCUCAAUUGUGUCUUCAGAUGGAUCCCUGGCCGAAAAUGGAGUUGUGAAUGAGGAAAAACCAGCUUCCCAGAUGAAUGGGAAUACAGGAGACAUCAGGGCUUCCAAUCAGUCUGAAAGUGCCUUGAGUAAUGACUCUAAAAUGUGCAAUACAAAUCCUCACUUAAAUGCACUAAAUGCAGACAGUGUUUGCCAUAAAGAUGAUGCUCUUGAGGCCACUGUCUUAAAAAAAGAAGAGUAAACUUAUUUUUUAUAGAGGGUGAAGGAUGUUGGGAAGGGUCAGGAUUAGGAAUAUCUGGAAAGAAAGAGAGCCUACAGUUACGUACAUUUUUUCCUUUCCGUAAGAGAAAAAUGAGGACUUUGGAAAUUCGGAUCCCUCUUUGAUGUCAGAGAUUUAAACAACACAUUUUUAGUUUUAACCAGUUGUAGUCAAAAUGCUACAAUAAAACAAAAAAGAAAGAGAAUGAAGAGCAUUUGACUCCCGCACUUAAAAUGAAGUAUACAUAAAGUUUAAACUGGUUAUGACAAAAGCUUGUAGUUUUGUUUUUUGAAAUAUAAAGAAAACAAAUUUUGGCAGUCUUUAAGUAUAUAUAGCUUAAAAUAUAAUUUUUAGUACUUGGCACCAUAUGUAUGCCAUUAUAUUUGAUUUUGCAUUACUGUGUCACAAUAAAGCUUUCUUUAAGGCUUUGAUUUCAUGAUUAUGGGGGGAAAAAGGCACAACCACAGUUUUUUCUUUCUUAAAUUUCAUCACCGUUGAUGUGGUUCUUUUGUGUUAAAAUGUGCAAACUAUCGAAACUAAAAAUUAUAGAGUAAUAUUGCAGUUCUGCUGAUUUUAAAUAUACAUCAUACAUACAUUACAAGCAAGUUAAAUGGAGAUAACUUGAAAUCAUAGAAGAUGCAAAUGACCUUUCAAAAUAAACACAAUGUGUUCUGAAACUUUUUGUGACUAAUACCAUGCAUCCGUGAUCAAUGAACUAUGUGGUUUUGAAUCAGACGUAGACCAUUAGUACUACUAUUUGAGCUAAACUUCUGCAUGGUUCAUAAUUUUUAAAGUGUGUAGUUAAUAUUAUGCAUGUUAUUGUCCUCUUUCUUCCAUUCUUACAAGUACUGUGCCCAUUUGCAAAACAAAAAGCUAAUAAUCAGUAAUAGUCCUAUAAAAGAUGUUAACUAUGUUUAGUCAUUGACUGAUCUUGCUCUAACCUUAAAAUUUUGUGAUUAUUGACCUCUGUUGCAUUUAUUCUAAAACUUAAAAAAAAAAAAAAUUAUCUAGCCGUUUUGAAUAUCAACGUUACCCUGGUGUACUCAUUGCUGUAUGCAUUAUUGUUCUCUGUUGCUGUUUUAUGCCUUCAUAUUAGCAAAUAUGAAAUUCUGUGAAAAACAAAAAAAAAAAAAGCUUUGAUCUUCAAAAAAAAAAAAAAGUACCCCCCUUCUGUAGCAGGAAACAAAUGGCUUGUUCUUGAGAACUUUCCCAUCAAGAAUUUAGUAUAAGCAAAUAUACCUGUAUCAUUUUGAUGUUUUUGUUAGUGUUUCCAAACUUAAUGUACUUCAAAAUCAGAAUCAUUUCUUUAUAUUCGUUUUCAUAUAAUUCUCCUGAUGCUCUUCAUCACACAUUAGUGAUCAGAAAUGAGGUGUAAUUCCCCAUUCCCUGCCCGCAAGAGCUAAGUAGGUAUCUUAAUGUAAGUUGAAGGGAGUUCUGCCCCAACUCAUGGAUUGUGCAAGAAUGAACUACUG